CGGACCCACGGCGGGCGGGCGGCGGGCGGGCGGCUCUGACGGAGCCCGCGGCUACUCCAGCUUCUCCGCCGGUGCUGCCCGGCCGGCCCCUCCGCUCUGUUCCGCUCAGCGGCAGGAGCCGCUCGUGGGGAGUUCCAGCGUGUGUCUGUGUGUCUGUAUCCGUGUGUGUGUGCGCGCGCGCGUGUGAAGGAGAGGGAGACAGACCCGGUGAGUGAGCGGCGGGCGCGGGACAAAUUGGGACAACCUAGGGAUGCUACUGCUGCUGCUACGGUCGCCGCCGUUGCUUGUUGAAGGCAGACCCCGACAAGGCUAAAAGGAAAGAUGGCAAAGUGGAUUCAGAAAAACAUUUAAUGACUUGGCCCUGAGACCAAACCUCAGACAAAGUUCCUGAUUCUUAAACUAAUAUUAUUUAAACCAGGUUUUACUGCAUUUUCCUUCAAUUUAAGGCAUGACCAAGUGUGAUAGAUGCCUUUGAACUUCCUGGUCACUUUCCUGCAUUGGAAGGACUCCAAAAAAAAGAGUGUAUCCUGAGCAAAACCCCACCCUUCUUUAGAUUGUGGACUAAACCUCAAGGUCCGGAACCUGCCCCUCCCUGCCCCGAGGUGAUGAUGGAAACCCUUUCUCAAGAUUCUUUGCUGGAAUGUCAGAUUUGUUUCAAUUAUUACAGUCCCAGGCGGAGGCCCAAGUUGUUAGACUGCAAACAUACCUGCUGUUCAGUUUGCCUCCAGCAAAUGAGGACAAGCCAGAAGGACCUGAGGUGCCCAUGGUGCCGGGGUAUUACCAAGCUUCCCCCAGGGUUCUCGGUCUCCCAGCUCCCUGAUGAUCCCGAGGUGCUUGCAGUGAUUGCAAUCCCCCACACUUCGGAGCACACUCCAGUCUUCAUCAAACUUCCCAGCAAUGGAUGUUACAUGCUACCCUUACCCAUCUCCAAGGAGCGAGCAUUAUUGCCUGGAGACAUUGGCUGCCGCCUGUUGCCAGGUAGCCAGCAAAAGUCUGUCACCGUGGUGACCAUUCCGACAGAACAGCAGCCUCUGCAGGGGGGGAUUCCCCAAGAUGCAGUGAUGGAGGAGGAGCAAGACAGGAGGGGUGUGGUGAAAAGCUCCACCUGGUCGGGGGUUUGCACUGUGAUCUUGGUGGCCUGCGUCCUGGUUUUCCUGCUCGGCAUUGUUCUGCACAACAUGUCUUGCAUUUCUAAGCGCUUCACUGUGAUCUCUUGUGGCUGAGAAAGGCUGCAGAGUAAAAUUCCAUGUGUACCAACUUAGGGGUUGAGAACAUAUUGGUGAUGGGAUCACAGUGAGGUGUAUACGGCAACACUGACCAAUUGGUGCAGGGGACUGGGCACUAGGUAAGCCACUUAAUUAUAUGAAGACAGACCCGAAAGGCAGAAUGCAGGACCUCUCAACAAGAUACGAGGGAAACUGUACUGAGUGAUGGUCACAGCUUGGAAGGAGAUUGCAUGUAUCACCAUAAUAAUUUAUUAAAUGAACUGUAAUUUAUGAUUUUAUCAUGUUAAAACAUAUUCUACCUAGAUGUUAUACUGUACAAGUAUAUAUGAUGUGAUCUCUAAAUGCAAUAGAUUAAAAUCAAAAUGCUAUGUAUAGAAGUAGAAUUAAACAUGAGAAUCAAUGUAACAGGUAUGCAAUGCUGGUUUCCUUUUUUUUUUUUUUUUUUUU